UUAUUUAAGUGGGAGAAAUCUCAGACCUUACUAUAAGAACAGGGAUCAUUUUAAGAAAUCUUCACAGGUUUCGAGAGUUACUGUGAUCAUAUAUGCGAUCAUUUUGCGUAGUGCGUUGUUUAAAUAAUAAUAAACCAAAAAAGAUGAGGGGAGAAAUUAUUCUAUUCGUUACUCUUUGCCUGAUGAGUUUUGCAUUUGGCGAUGAGGAAAAUGCUGGCAAUUUUGAGGAAAAAGUAGAGAGUCCUCUUUCAAAGAAAUAUGAAUUUCUUUUGAGACCAAAACGAGGUCUCUUUGAUCUUGGGUUGUACACAACGGCUUAUGGAGAUUAUGAUGACGACUUAUACGGAUAUAACAGAUAUGGAGGAUAUGGAGGAUAUGGUGGAUAUAAUGGAUACGACAGACAUAGACAUCACGGAUAUGGUGGUUACAAUGGAGACAGAGGAUACAAUGGAUAUGGUGGAUAUUAUGGCAACAGAGGAUAUAAUGACUACUAUAAUUCCUAUCCUUAUCGUAGAAAUCCAGGAGGUUACAGUAACAACUAUGCAAAUGCUAACGCUGAUAGUUUUAGCGCUUCGGCAGGAUUGGGUCCUUUUAAUGCAGGUUUCUCAGUGAGUCACGCGAACGCUAAUGCAGGAUCCUCAGGUUCGUACUAUAGAUGAGAUGAAAGGAUGUUCAUCAAACGAAAGGAGAAUUUUUGGAACUGCUCUUCAUUAUUUUCGAAUGAUUCGAGAAUCCUCUCAUACUUAAAUAUCAGCUAAUUGUUGCGCCAAAAAAUCAUGUUCAUCUCAAUUAUGUUAACACAAAUUCAUUAGUUUUAAUUUUGUAAUUAAGUUAAAUAAAAAAAGACGUAAAAAGAAAA